GAGACCGUCACUAAUAUCAUCAGUAAUAAUUUGAUAUCAUCUGUAAUAAUUUGAUAGGCUCGCUGAUCCAAUUAGGCGAGCGACUUGAGGAGUUGCAUUAAUAACGCAAUUAGGAAAGGACUUCCGAGAGACUUCCGCUUCUUCCUCCUCCUUGGCCUCACCUGAGGUUUGACCGCGUGGAGUUUUCCUUGGUGUUGUCUGCAGCGUAUUCGAAGGAGCACCUCCCGGCGGCACCCGAAGGGCACUCUCGCGUCCCCCGCAGGAUGGACUACGCCUACCUCAACCAGGCGGCGGCGGCGGGCUUCGAGGCCUCGUCCUGCAGCCUCGGAGGCAGCUUGGGCGGCUCCAUGGACGGCGCCCACGCCCCUUACACGUACGGCGACCUCACCUCCUGCUCGCAGUGCCCUCGGGCGUACCGCUACACGGCUCGGGCGUCAGGGGCUACAACGCGGGCGUGCCACCGCGUGGGCGUGGGAUCCCAGCAGUGCGGCGUGAUGGGGCGGCCCCAGGACCACCGCGCCAUGUUCCCCGCGUCCGUCACGCCCGUCAACCUCCAAACCGGCCUAGGAUACAAGAUGUACGGCGGCCACGAGGGGGUCCUGUCCGAGAAGAGGAAGCAGAGGCGGAUAAGAACCACCUUCACGUCCGCGCAACUCAAGGAGCUCGAGAGGGCGUUUCAGGAGACACACUAUCCUGAUAUCUACACGCGGGAAGAAAUUGCUAUGAAGAUUGACCUGACGGAGGCGCGUGUGCAGGUGUGGUUUCAAAACAGACGAGCAAAGUUUCGCAAGCAGGAGCGACUCGCACAGCAGAAGGCACAGCAGCAGCAACAGCAACAGCAGCAGACACCUUCCAACAACAACAACAACAAUGAGAACAGCAAUGGCUCUACCAACACUGCCAACUCCGCCGCCAGCCCCAGCAGUGUUGCCAGCGCCACUAAGGUUGGUUCGGCGGGCUUGAGAAGGAUUUGGUCAUUCUUGAAUAAAAUGGGAAUAAUCAGAUAA